AUGCUGAGCGGCGUCUGGGUCCUCAGUGUGUUAACCGUGGCCGGGAUCUUACAGACGGAGAGUCGCAAAACUGCCAAAGACAUUUGCAAGAUCCGCUGCCUGUGCGAAGAGAAGGAGAACGUUCUGAAUAUUAACUGUGAAAACAAAGGAUUUACAACUGUCAGCCUGCUCCAGCCCCCCCAGUACCGAAUCUAUCAGCUUUUCCUCAAUGGAAACCUCCUGACCAGACUGUACCCCAACGAGUUCGUCAAUUACUCCAACGCGGUGACUCUCCACCUAGGUAACAACGGGCUGCAGGAGAUCAGAACCGGGGCUUUCAGCGGCCUCAAAACCCUCAAGAGACUGCACCUCAACAACAACAAACUCGAGGUGCUGAGGGAGGACACUUUCCUGGGCCUGGAGAGCCUCGAGUACCUCCAGGCUGACUACAAUUACAUCAGUGCCAUCGAGGCAGGGGCCUUCAGCAAACUGAACAAGCUCAAAGUGCUCAUCCUGAACGACAACCUCCUGCUGUCGCUGCCCAGCAAUGUAUUCCGCUUUGUCCUGCUGACCCACUUAGACCUGAGGGGAAACAGGCUGAAAGUCAUGCCUUUCGCUGGUGUCCUUGAACACAUCGGAGGAAUCAUGGAGAUUCAGCUGGAGGAAAACCCAUGGAACUGCACCUGUGACUUGCUUCCCCUCAAGGCCUGGUUGGACACUAUAACUGUUUUUGUGGGGGAGAUUGUCUGCGAGACUCCCUUUAGAUUGCAUGGGAAAGAUGUGACCCAACUGACCAGACAAGACCUCUGUCCCAGGAAAAGUGCCGGCGACACCAGUCAGAGGGGCAACCAUGCUGACACCCACAUCCAAAGGCUGUCCCCUACAGUGAAUCCUGCUCUCAGCCCAACCAGGGCUCCAAAAGCCAGUCGGCCCCCCAAAAUGAGAAACCGUCCAACUCCUCGGGUCACUGUGUCGAAGGACAGGCAGAGCUUUGGCCCCAUCAUGGUAUACCAGACCAAGUCCCCUGUGCCCCUUACCUGCCCCAGUAGCUGUGUCUGCACCUCUCAGAGCUCAGACAACGGUCUAAACGUCAACUGCCAAGAAAGGAAAUUCACGAACAUCUCUGACCUGCAGCCCAAACCUACCAGUCCAAAGAAGCUCUACCUAACAGGGAACUAUCUUCAAACUGUCUAUAAGAAUGACCUCUUAGAAUACAGUUCUUUGGAUCUGUUGCAUUUAGGAAACAACAGGAUUGCAGUCAUUCAGGAAGGUGCCUUCACGAACCUGACCAGUUUACGCAGACUUUAUCUGAAUGGCAAUUACCUUGAAGUGCUGUACCCAGCUAUGUUUGAUGGACUGCAGAGCUUGCAGUAUCUCUAUUUAGAGUAUAAUGUCAUUAAGGAAAUUAAGCCGCUAACUUUUGAUGCUUUGAUUAACCUACAGCUACUGUUUCUGAAUAACAACCUGCUACGGUCCUUACCUGAUAAUAUAUUUGGAGGCACGGCCCUCACCAGGCUGAACCUGAGAAACAAUCAUUUUUCUCACCUGCCUGUAAAAGGGGUUCUGGAUCAGCUCCCUGCUUUUAUCCAGAUAGAUCUGCAAGAGAACCCAUGGGACUGUACCUGUGACAUCAUGGGGCUGAAGGACUGGACAGAACAUGCCAAUUCCCCUGUCAUCAUCAAUGAGGUGACCUGUGAAUCUCCUGCUAAGCACGCCGGGGAGAUACUGAAGUUUCUGGGGAGGGAGGCGAUUUGUCCAGACAGUCCCAACUUAUCAGAUGGAACCAUUCUGUCGAUGAACCACAAUACAGACACGCCUCGGUCACUGAGCGUGUCUCCCAGUUCCUAUCCUGAACUACACACCGAAGUUCCACUUUCCGUCUUAAUUUUAGGUUUGCUCGUUGUCUUUAUCUUAUCUGUCUGUUUUGGGGCCGGUUUAUUCGUCUUUGUCCUGAAACGCCGAAAGGGAGUGCCAAGUGGUCCCAGGAGUGCCAACAACUUAGACAUAAGUUCCUUCCAAUUACAGUAUGGGUCUUACAACACUGAGACUCAUGAUAAAACGGACGGCCACGUCUAUAACUACAUCCCCCCACCUGUGGGGCAGAUGUGCCAAAACCCUAUUUACAUGCAGAAAGAAGGAGACCCGGUAGCCUAUUACCGCAACCUGCAAGAGUUCAGCUACAGCAACUUGGAGGAGAAAAAAGAAGAGCCUGCCCCACUUGCUUACACUAUAAGUGCCACUGAGUUGCUGGAAAAGCAGGCCACACCGAGAGAGCCCGAGCUGCUGUAUCAGAAUAUUGCUGAGCGCGGCAAGGAGCUCCCCAGCGCCGGCCUCAUCCACUAUAACUUUUGUACCUUACCUAAAAGGCAGUUCGCCCCUUCCUAUGAAUCUCGACGCCAAAACCAAGACAGAAUCAAUAAAACCGUUUUAUAUGGAACUCCCAGGAAAUGCUUCGUGGGGCAGUCAAAACCCGACCACCCUUUACUGCAAGCUAAGCCCCAAUCAGAACCAGACUACCUCGAAGUUCUGGAAAAACAAACUGCCAUCAGCCAGCUGUGA